ACUAUAUUUUGUGGCCAUGCAUUUCUAUCAUUUAAAUGCGCUUUGCGUGAUUAUUUUAUUAGAUUUGACCAACGCGUUGAAUCCAAAGGAAGGAUCUACUUUUUGUGUACCUAACUAUAGAGGAUGGUGCUGGGAUAGCAAUGCGAAUGUUUGGACCUACGGAAGAUAGAUGCGGAUAGAUCAACGAUCAGGUUGUAAAACAAGCCGCAUAAGAAUAUUUUACGAAAAAUAAAAACAUUAGGGUCAGUAAUUCCAGUAGUUUGCAAUAAGUUAUGUGUAUAUUAACAUGUUGACUAUUGUAUCCGAAAUGUUACAAUAAAAUUACUGCCUAAAGCUG